CUACCCGUGAUCUAUGAUCUCGCUGGCCUGCGUGCGGGAAGCACGAAGAUGGAAUCAGUAGAGUCGUGCGUCGAGCCAGAGCAGGAGCAGGGGUAUCUACUGCGCGCAUGUUUAUUCCGAGUAUACUGACGUGUAUGUACAUAGAAUUGCGCGCGCAAUGAAUCAGGCACCAGUGUCGUGUAUCCCAGCCGGGAAGAUGUCAAAGGCGAAGAAGGUGAUCGACGAAGCCCGCGAAAUCCAGAACCCGGAGCUGGAUCUCGCGGACAAGGGGAUCUCAACGUUCGAGGAGAUGCCCGGAUUACUGAACAUGAUCAACAUCACCCGAUUAACUUUGAGUCAUAACAAGCUCCAAGCCGUGCCACCGGGACUUGCAAACUUAGUUAAUCUGGAGAUAUUGAAUCUCUUUAAUAACCACAUUACCGAACUUCCAAUCUCGUUAUCGCAAAUGCCGAAGUUACGAAUCCUUAACGUAGGAAUGAACAGACUGGACGUACUUCCGCGUGGAUUCGGUGCAUUUCCGGUAUUAGAAGUUCUCGACUUAACGUACAAUAACUUAAGCGAGAAGAAUCUACCAGGAAACUUUUUUAUGAUGGGUCAGUUGAUAAAUCANCGAGACAAGAGCGCUCUUGUAGAAGCAUACAAGUUGAUUUUAUAUUAUAAUUAA